CCCAUGGCACAUUGCGCAAGAGCAAAACAACUAUGGCGGACGCGGCUACAUUUCAACCAGGAACUGGAGUAGCUCCUGCUACCUUAGUGGAGUUAUCGAUAUCAUGUCGAAAGCUAAUUGAUGCUGAUGUAUUUUCAAAAUCUGAUCCCAUGUGUGUCCUGUUUGUGUUGGAGGAAAGUAAUAGAGGGUCAUGGAGAGAGUUCGGAAGAUCAGAAAUCAUAUGGAACAACUUAAACCCCGAUUUUGUGAAGAAGUUUGUAAUGCAUUAUUACUUUGAACAAAGCCAAAAGCUGAAAUUUGAAGUAUAUGAUGUGGACUCUAAAAGUGCUGAUUUGACAAAACAUGACUUCCUUGGUGCAAUGGAGUGCACGCUCGGCGAGAUUGUGUCAGCUGGCACCAAGAUGAGCAGACGACUCAAAGGCCCGAAAAAAGACAGCGGCAAUAUAAUCGUUGGUGCAGAAGAACAGAGUAGUUGUAAGGAACAAGCACAUUUUCAAUUCCGUGCCCACAAGUUGGACAAAAAGGACUUUUUUGGAAAGUCCGACCCAUUUCUCACAUUCAUGAGAGCCAAUGAGGAUGCCACAUACACAGUUGUACACAGAACAGAGGUAAUAAAGAAAACCCUCAACCCCACCUGGCGGCCAUUUAUAUUAUCUGUAAGGUUACUGUGUAAUGGAGACUAUGACAGGAGUAUAAAGAUACAAUGUCAUGAUUGGGAUGCAGACGGAGGCCAUGACUUCAUUGGUGAAUUCACAACAACACUUAGAGAAUUGAGUCGAGGUCCAAAUGAAAGGAAUGUGUUUGAGUGCAUCAGUGAAAAGAAAAGGAAGAAAAAAGGCUCCAAAUAUCAGAAUUCAGGGACAGUUGAGCUGAUGAGCUGUAAAAUAGAAAAAAUCUACACAUUUCUGGAUUAUGUUCGUGGAGGAACCCAGUUACACUGUACCUUUGCCGUAGACUUUACAGCAUCAAAUGGAGAUCCGAAAACACCCUCCUCCCUACACUACAUGAACCCAUAUAAACCAAACCCCUACGCCACCGCCCUACGGUCUGUGGGCAAUAUCAUACAGGACUAUGACACGGACAAACUGUUCCCGGCCCUUGGAUUUGGUGCUCGACUUCCUCCAGAUGGCGUUGUUUCUCAUGAAUUUGCAUUGAACGGUAACCCCACGAACCCCUACUGUCAGGGUAUAGAUGGUGUACUGGAUUCCUACAACAAAGCUCUGUACUCUGUUCAACUCUAUGGUCCAACAAAUUUUGCUCCCGUUGUUAACCAUGUGUCAAAGUUUGCCAUGGCCAAGCGUGACGGGAAUGACUACUUUAUCCUGCUCAUCAUCACAGAUGGGAUCAUCACGGACAUGCCUCAGACAUGUGAGGCCAUUGUCAGUGCAGCCAGUCUUCCGAUGUCCAUCAUCAUUAUAGGGGUGGGAGAUGCAGAUUUUGAAGCUAUGGAAGUAUUGGAUGGUGAUGAUGUCAGGCUGACGUCGCGGGGAAAGGCAGCGGAGAGAGAUAUCGUACAGUUUGUACCUUUGCGUAAUUUCCUGGGGCGUUCCGGAGACAACCCUGCUGCAAUACAGGCCAGACUAGCCAAGGAAGUGCUGGAAGAAAUUCCAGACCAGUUCCUGUCCUACAUGAAGUCUCGAAAUGUCAAACCCAAGCCACCCAUGAUGCGUCAGCUCUCCAUCUCUUCCGUGACAGCACUUCCUCCGUCAGAGCAGUGAUAUUGACCACACGAAAUCCUGUGAGAGUGGCUUCAUCACAUUAUGCUGCCAGCAGUACUAUUAGAGAUGAUGAGAUAGCCACAUGUAUGGGUCUGUGACAUUUCCGUGUCAUUUAACAGUUUACCCUGUAACAUUAGAAACAGUGAAGUACCACCCUGUUAAAUGUUUUACUAAGCUAUAUCCAGCAACAUGUCGGCUGACUAUGGUAGAAAGAUUUAAUAAUAAUUAAUUAUGAAUGAUAUGUAGCAUUUCAUAGUGAUUUGAAACCUUAUAUAUAUUCCUUUCAUACCCUAUAAGAAUAAUUUUUACAUAUUAUUCACUUUAUACCAAAAUAGUCAUCAUUUUCAAUUGAAACAAUCUUUCCAUGAGUGUUUGACAUAGAAUAUUCUCUUUUAUCUACCUUUGUCUUUCUACCUCAGAUAACUUUUACAUACUGUGGUUACUGCUCAAAAGCUACAUUACGUCUCUAAUGUUUUUUUCUAAUUUUGUAUCCUCUUGUUUAUAGUCAUGGAUAAAACAAAUUAGUAACUCCAAAUAACGAAUAGCUUGAUUUACAUUUAACUAGCCAAUGUAAAAUACUGAUUAGUGUACAUUUGUACGGUAUCAACUUACAACUAAAUUGUUGUGAUUAUCCAAAUAUGCAUAGCAUUAACUAAAAACCAAAUCCUUAUAAUUUUGUCGGUUUUAUCUCCUGAAAUUUGCUAAAACUUGCCAGUAAAACUGAUUCUCGUAGAAGUUUUGUUCAUUUCCGCACACAUAUCGAGGUACAAAAGGGGAUGAUAUGCUAAAACAAGCUUUAGUAACACUGCUGCCAAACUUAUUGUGUUGAAUAUAAAGUGUCUAAGAGUAAUUUCGUGAAAUAAGAUGGAUUGCUACAUGUACUAAUAUUUGAUACAGAGACUUGCCAAUAUAAAGUGUAUACAUAAAUUAUUUUCCUAUAUUAGGCAUUAGUCCUACACGCAUUUCUUCAUUAGAUGUGGCCACAUUUUGUAGCUAGAAGAUAGAUCUGUUUGUGCCUCCAAACUGUUUUGAAUGUGAUAUUUUAUAAUUUAUGUCGAAAAUGAAUGGGAGUUAGGGAGGGGGAGGGGGGGGUCCACAUUACCUCCCUUGAUCAAAAUGCUAGGGUACAUUCAAGUAUCCGGUUGAAAUGGUUGAACAGGUUGAACCUGUAAAGAAAACGACAG